UGCGGCCAUUUUGGGGGCACGCAUGUGUCUAAAACAGCUUUAAGAAAAUGUUGUUUUUUUCUCUUUUUGAAUUUGCAGUAUGGUUUCUGGGUGUUUAGGACUGAGGAUGUAAGGGUAGAUUGCUUCGCUAGGGCAAUAAGUGGUAACUGGGAAGCAGCAGGAUGGUGGGUCUGGAAUGAGGUGUAUGUGCUUGAGCUUCUGCCUGCUUGAAAAUGGAUCUGUGUGUUAAUCAACAGAGCAAGCAGAGUUGCUGCAGAUUGAGUUAGAUAUGAAAACCUAGAAAAGAGUGCUGGGGAAAGAAGGGGUUCAUUAGUACAAAAGCUCCUCAGACCAGGAAAGCUGCCACAGGAGGAUCUGCAGUUUCUUUGAAAACCUGCCAAAACUGACAUUGCCCAGCUUCUUGAGUGUUUUAUCCAUCCUGAGGUGGUUUGUUCAGACCUGCAAGAAGAGUGGCAGUGAGAGAUGGCUCCCUGCUGGGUACAAGAAAUGCUGGAGGUUUCUAGGGAUGACUGUCUACAUGGGAGUCAAUAUGCUGAUACUUGCCAGCCAUACAGUCUGCAAUGCCUGCAGCCAAGAAGAGGACACACCUAUUUAUUUUCCAUGCUAGAGUCUUCUUCAUGUAUCUGUACAUUACUUCUAUCAGCCCAGAUUUAUAAUUCAAUCUGCAUCUAUUUGUUUUUUUGACAGAAGAGGAAAAAAUAAUAGCAAAACUGUUUUCUUUAUAGUCAGGAAUGGAUAGCUACAGCUUACCGGCCGGUGCAAACUGCACAGGGCUUUGCGAUGUUUCAGAUGAAUGCUGCUGCUGCUCUGUGAAAGGAAAUUGCAGCGUCCUGGAGCGAGUCCCAGGUUAUUGUGCUGGUCUCCCAGCAGCUCAUUCCUGUGGCAGCACAGAGAGGUGCAUCAGGCCAGAUUCAGCUUCUUGCUAACGCAGAGAGGGACGAAGUGGGCAGAUCCCAAACUGCUGUGGACCCCCUGGAUGUCAGAAUCUGCACUGAGACGUUCAGAGUUCUGAACCAGGCAACCUCUGUGACCAGAUAAUGCUUCAUGCAGUGCCAGCAGGGUGGGUGACCUGCUGUGAGCCACCGACCUGCCCAGAGCUCCAGCUCGGCUGGUCAGAGGGAGGACUGACCAUUUCUGUGCACCAAGUUGUUAUUUCAUUCCCCAAACGAGUCCCCAGACAGGUGGCAGAUGCUUUCUGUGUCUUAGUCUAGCACAUGUCACAGGGGCGGGUUUGACCUGAGCGUUAUCUGUGCAUAAAUCUGAUAAUUUCCCAGUUUAUUAAUAAAAUGGAAAUGAGGCAAUGCGACUCUAGCCAUUUUUCUUGCCUCUUCUGCCUUCUAUUGCAUCUCCUGCGUUUUCUGAACUUUUGGAAGUACAAGGGGCAAGUGGGUCGAAAAUGGGAAGAAAAUUAGAAGCAAUUGGCCUGGUGCCUGCCUUUACACUGCGCUGAUUAGGUUUUAAUUGGCAAUUCUUGUCUGUAAUAUAAGAUAAUUGCAGAGAUUUCCAGGAAUUGUGUGCAGAAGAAGAAGAAACAGAUAUAUCUGAGUUCUACUGGAGGAGUUUAAUUAAAGACUUUAUAAAGUGCAACAGAUGGUGCUUUGCUAGUUAGGAAGACGGGCAUCAGGCCUGUUUGUAGACACUGCCACCGUGGUUAGGGCUUCUGCGCCCUCCUGGCCGGAGAUGCUCUGACACAAUCUGGCAUUAGAGGACUCAAGGCUUCAUAUUCUGGUCCAAGCUGUAUAAGGAUCCUGUUCUGAAAAGGAAAAUUAAACAGUCACAGAGUGAAAUCCCUUGGGCAUGUGGAAGGACUGCUCUUCCCAAAGUGAGCUUUGCUUUCACUGAACUCUCCAGUUGUCCUCCUCAACUGCCCUCUUAAAGGCUUGCAGAAGUGAGAAGACACACGAAUGGCCAUACAGAUUUCUUAAUACAAACCCCAGCAGUACAGAGGAUGGAAGAUUUAUUUAUUUAUUUAUUUGGAUAGAAGUUCUCCCCAGUAAUUCCAUGUGAGCCAACAAGCAUUCUUGGACUGGCUCAUGCAUCCCAGUGGAAUUGUGUCUGUGAAAGUUGGAAGAAGUUUUUGUUUCUGUUGCUGGUAACCGAUAGGUUUCCAGAGCCCUAAGUAGCCUCUGGCUUCCAGGAGGUUCUACAGAAAGUUAAACAAAGAGAGGAUAUUGCAACUUCCAGGGGAAAAAAAAAAAAAGGAUCUCUUUGCAGUCUUCGUUGGAGCAGGUGCUGAAUCCUGAAUUUUUCAUUCUACUUCUAAAAGUAGGAGAAUUCUUUUUUAAACAGAAGCCUGCUCUGAAGUAGGACGUGCAUGGAAGUGCUUCAGGAUAUAUUCUGCUUGUUUUGUGCUUGCAGAAGAACCCAAAGUUCUGUUUGCUCCUCAGGACUGCCAGAGCUUUCAUGAAGUUUAGCCUUGUGCAUCAGCAAAGGGUAUUUUUUAUAACAGGAAAACUUAGCUAGAAGAUAGAUUCUCCCCUGUAAUGUCUCCUAAUUUUAUGAAGAAUUCACCUGGGUUUUCAAAUUCCAGGAAGAACCUGAAAUUGCAGAACAAACAGACUGCAAAAAUAUUUCACACAGAGGCUGAAGAAGAAUAAAUUUUUGACCCUGUGGUGUCCUUUUCAUACGGUUAUCUUUCUGAGCAGCCAGACGGAUCUGCAAGUUAAUGACAAGUAAAUGUGAAAGCUCCCUGCCCACAGGACACUUGGAAAGUAAGCUCUAUCUCAUGUUUGAAGGAGUUCUCUCACUUUUUAGCACCACUAAUGCUAGAGGGGAGUUUACACCGGAUUAGCUCUUUGGCCAUCCUUUCUUUCUGCUGCUUGGUGUUCGUUUCACUUCAGGCUGUACUGGAAAGUAAUUACGUGGGAGGGAUUUUGUUACAUUGGGCUUCAGCAAAGGCGACACCAGAUGUUCAAAAAACGUUUUCAACAGAGCCUCCGAGCAUUUUCUUAAGAGCUGUUUACUGGCCCCCAUGGCUAAUGCUUUGAGUUGGUUGAUUUUAUUCUGUAGCUUCAGGAUCUUGCUGACAGGGACAGCCUCCCUCUCACCAGAGUGCAACGUAGACUGCCAGACCCAGUGUUUGAUCGACUGCAGGCAGGGCCAUUACUACACAGCUGGCAACUGCUUGGAAUGCCCAACGGGCUCCUAGUCACUUCUGUGUGGACGGCCUUACAGUCACUCCUCCAUGCCCAGCAGGGAGUUUCAAGCCCAGAGAGGGACUUCACACAGCCAGCAGCAGUUUCUCAUGCUUUCCUGGAACUGGGUUGUGUUUGAAGUGCCCUGCUGGCUAUUUCUGUCCUGCUGGAGCAAAUGACCCAACGCCAUGCCAGCCAGGCACAUACAAUCCUCUCCAAGGACAGGACAAAGCCACUGACUGCAGAGCCUGCCCGGCAGGGAGAGCUUGCACUCAGGCUGGAUUAGUGCAGCCUGACUCGGAGUGCCUACCGGGGUUCGUGUGCCCAGAGGGGUCAUCCAGCCCUCAUUUUCCCAGCAACGCCUGUCCUCCAGGAACAGUUGGCAAUGACUUCAACCUCUUUGAUAAGUCCCAGUGUGAAACAUGCCCUGCUGGAUUUUUCUGUGUUAGAGAAACAGGGGGAAGACAGAAGCCUCCUGUUCCAUGCCCAGUUGGUCACUACUGCCCACCAGGCACAAAGCACUCAACGCAGCAGAAGUGUGCCCCAGGCACCUGGAGCAAUAGGAUGAGGCUGGCAUCAGAAGAUGAGUGCUUGCUGUGCCCUGCAGGCUGGUUUUGUGUAGGAGGAGUUCAUGUCCCUUCUGGCAUGUGCAGCUCAGGGCAUUACUGCCCUCAAGGUACAAGGAGAAGCACACAGUACCCCUGCCCUGCUGGAACUUACAGUACCAGGCUGGGAAAUGGCAGAGUGGAAGACUGUGCAGCCUGCCCUGCAGGGGCUUUCUGCACCAGGGGAACCUCCAAGCCAGUUCUUUGCCCAGUAGGAACCUAUUGCAUGGAACAUGGUGCAAAAGUGGCUGCAGAUUGUGUCCCUUGUCCUGGAGGGUACUACUGCCCUGAGCUUGGCACUGUUACUCCUCGAACAUGUGGUGCUGGCAACUUUUCAGACCAAGGUUCAGCCUCCUGCUUGUCAUGUGUUGUUGGACAUUACUGUGCUAGUGAGCACACCAGCCGGGAGGUGAUGCUGCGUGCCAUGAUUUGCCCAGAAGGACAGGCAGUCGCCCCAGAUGCCAGUAAAAAUGCCUGCCCAAGAGGAUAUUACUGUCCCCAGGGAGGUGCUGGCUUGCCUGCUAAACCUUGCCCCAGUGGGACCUAUGGUGAGCAGAAGGGACUAAGCAGUGCUGAGGAAUGCUUGCUGUGCCCUGCAGGGAAGCACUGCUACAGAGCUGGGAUGGAGCCUCCGGGAAUUCCCCACCCUACUGGGGAUUGCCCACCUGGCUGUAACUGCCCUCCAGGGACUGGAUUCCCUUUCUCCUUCCCCUGUGCACCAGGCUUCUUCUGGGAUAAUUCCAGUGCAGAGGGUGAAGACAGAUGCAAACCAUGUCCAGCUGGCUCCUACUGUGACCCUCCUGCCAUGUCAGAGCCCAAAGCUUGCCCAGCAGGCUUUCACUGUGGCGAAGGCAGCUCUAAACCUGAGCCCUGCCCAGAGGGCACCUACAGUAACAAGAAGGGGCUGUCUGGGCCAGCAGAGUGCAGCCCGUGUGGCCGUGGUUUCUACUGUGCUGCUCCAGGACAGACUGGGCCAAGCGGUCCCUGCCAGGCUGGGUUCUUCUGCCAGGGCAGGGCUCUGACUCCAUUGCCCACAGAUGGCGUGACAGGGAACAUGUGUCCCCCUGGGGCAUACUGCCCACCUGUGUCCCCCUUACCUAUCCCUUGUCCUCCAGGAACCUACAGCAACAGGAGUGGGUUGAGAAACCUCCGUCAGUGCUUGGACUGCCCACCCGGCCUUUAUUGUGAUGGGACAAACAGCCAAGCUCCCUCAGGACCAUGUGAACCUGGCUACUUCUGUACAGGAGGUGCCAAAAGUGCUCUUCAGCAGAUGGUCAUGGAGGGGCAUUAUUCCUUAACAGGAGCUGUCAGGCCAGAGCCAUGUCCCCUUGGCAGCUUCCAGCCUGGCCAUGGUCAGGCUGUUUGCAGGGACUGGCCAGAGGGUACAUUCUGCAAUGAGACCGGCCUGGCUGAAGCCCAGCCUUGUCCCAAAGACAAUCUGUCUGGCCAAGAUGCUCCUGGAGGACCUUGUGCACAAGGCUAUUACUGCAUGGGAAGGACAAAGACUGCAAAGCCAGAGGAUGGUGUCACUGGAGAUAUCUGUCCUCGAGGACAUUUCUGCCCUGCAGGCUCAGCAGCACCUUCUCCCUGCCCCAGUGGAGAAUACAGUAAUGCAACAGGAAUGUUCUGUGGAGACUGGGGAUUAUCCUCUCCAAGUGGUCCCUGCUGGCCAGGAUUCUUCUGCACAGCAGGAGCAAGUGUCCCAAACCCUAAUGGAGCCACAAACACGAGCACUGGUGGCCCAUGCCCACCUGGCCACUUCUGCCCAGCUGGCACAGCUAUCCCUCAGCAGUGCCCUGUGGGCACUUACUCAGACAGGCUGUCCAUCGGGCAGGAGUCCAGCUGCACAGCGUGCCCAUCUGGCUAUUACUGCCGCUCUGCUGGCCUCACGGCACCCUCAGGACCCUGCUCAGCUGGGUACUACUGCCUCUCUGGAGCUUCCUCACCAUCACCACCUGGUGUGUGGGAGAAAGGAGGCCCUUGUCCUGUGAGCCACUUCUGUCCCGAAGGAACCAGCUACCCUUAGCGUGCCUUGCAGGGACUUACAACAACCUCACCAGACAAGCUGUGUGCUUUCCUUGUGCUGCAGGCUACUACUGCCCAGAAAAUACUACCAGCUACAGUGCAAAUCCAUGCCCAGCUGGCUUCUACUGCCCCAGGGGUGAG